AUUCAGCCAUAGAGCAGCACCAGGCGUCUGUCUGACUCAGUGUGUUGCACUGACGCACUGCUGCAUCAUCUCGGUCUUUAAAGCUUCUCGUGGCUUCACAUUACAGUUUUCUGAAGGAAUUAAUUUUUGAUUACUGACCAAACAUACCGUCUUUCUCUGCAGGUCUUAAUCCACAACGUGAGCACAACAUUUGUUCAAAGUGCAGGAAACAGCGCUGAGACUGUACAGAUUACAAACAGAUUGCUUCUUUGACUUUUCUUAAUUUCAACCGACCCCUGCUGGAACAUUCCCCCGCUGUCACCAUGAGCGCUUGCAGCAGGAAAGCCUUGACAUUGCUGAGCAGUGUCUUUGCAAUCAGUAGCCUGGGGCUGCUGGGAGUGGCGGUCAGCACGGACUACUGGUUGUACCUGGAGGAGGGCGUCAUUAUGCCUCUGAACCAGAGCAUCGACAUCAAGACCUCGCUGCACUCUGGCCUCUGGAGAGUCUGCUUCCUGGUCGGUGGCGAGUCUGGUCGCUGCUUCACCAUCGCCUACAUCAUGCCCAUGAAUGUCCAGUUGACGUCAGAGUCCACAGUAAACGUGCUCAAGAUGAUCCGCUCAGCCACUCCGUUCCCUCUGGUCAGCCUCUUCUUCAUGUUCAUCGGCUUCGUCCUCAACAAUAUUGGCCACGUCCGACCUCACCGCACCAUCCUGGCAUUUGUCUCCGGGAUCUUCUUCAUCCUCUCAGGUCUGGCUCUGGUGGUGGGCCUGGUGCUGUACAUCUCCAGUAUAAAUGAUGAAAUGCUGAAUAGGACUAAGAGCAGUGAAACCUACUUUACCUACAAGUACGGCUGGUCCUUUGCCUUUUCUGCCAUCUCUUUCCUGCUCACUGAGAGCGCAGGCGUCAUGUCUGUCUACCUGUUCAUGAAGCGCUACACAGCAGAGGAGAUCUAUCAGCCUCGUCACCCCAGUUUCUACCGCCCUCGUCUCAGCAACUGCUCCGACCACUCGAGCCAAUUCCUCCACCCAGAGGCCUGGUCGCGUGGCCGAAGUCCCUCUGACAUCUCGAGUGAAGCUUCACUCCAGAUGAGCGCCAGCUACCCUGCUCUGCUGAAAUGCCCCGACUAUGAUCAGGUCUCCUCUUCACCCUGCUGAGGGGUCGGCCAUCACAGCAGAGGCCGCCCAAAGCUUUCUGAAGGCUCCCUGAAGGAUCACAUGGGGUCCCAAGGCCUAGUGAGUUUCCUUUCAAGAAAAAGUUACUUAGAUAUUUAACUUUGAGUUUGAUGUUUUUCACGGAGAAAAAUAUGUGCAGCUUUAGCUGUGACCUGAGGACUUAAAUAUUUACAGCUGAGGUGCUUGUGGAUUUAGGGUCAGAGAUGCUUAUUGGGAGUUUGUUGUUGUAGCAGCACCUAUGUUGUUUUUUUUUCCAGGAAGAGGCAAAGUCUGUAGGUUUUAGAAGAAAAACCCAAUAUGAUGUUAUUCUUUCUGCAAAGGUCUCAAAAAAGUUAAAAUCUGGUAUACAGUAAUUAUCUUUGAACUUUAUCUGAAAGGGGAAAUAAUGUUCUACUGUAUAUUUUGGUUUAAUUGUAUCGGUGCGUUUUACCCUCCAGUGCCUCAUACUGUAGCUGUUUUCUUUUUGUGAAUAUCUUGGCUUCGUCAUUUUGCAAGAAAUGAAUGCAUCUUAUGAUUUUGUUUCUUCUGUGGCAGUAUUUAUGCAUCAUGUCACACUGAAACAUUAGCAAACCUAACCCUCUCCCUAAGGCAAAGACUUGUGUGAGAUGCAAUGAAAAGACAAUCCAUCACCACUAUAACAACCAUCAGAUAGAAGGUGACGACAGUCCUGGAAGGGAACCAUAGACUGUAAAUAAGGAAACUCAGGCUCAAGAAGUCCUGUCAACAAGCAUCCAGAGGUUGUUGUUGGGAUUGUUUUGUACCUUAAAUACACUGUUUUGUCUCUAACAUCAUAACAGUAAGACAUGACGAAAAUGUUCAUUCCUGGUGUGAAUUAAAUAAGGAGAGACACUGAGGUACAUUAAUACAUCCAGACUGAACAAGCUAAGAUCAUACAUAUUUGUUUUAUAUAGAUUUUUAUAUAGUAUGUGCAGCUGUUGGACAUUAAAUGAAUAAACGAUGAGAGAGUUGAUGUAAAGAUGAUGCUGCAAAUUAGGUGCUGUUUUUCCGAGUGUCGUUGUUGUGGUAGCACUGCUUUACCAUAAAACAUGUUUGGUACAGUGUGCAGGAGUCAUCUGUAAAAAUAAAUGUCCUCUCACAGUGAUUCUACAUUUAUCCACUGGAGGGCAGUGCACAGUUUGUUUUGCAGUUUCUUGGCACAAUUGUCAAAUAAAAAUCUUGAUUCCCUUAAAUGUGGAAUUCUCCACAGUAUAUAGUGUGACAUACAUUCAAAUUUAUGUUUUUAAAAGUACUUUUAUGUCUUCUGUUGAUCCAGUAAAUGUAUUUUACUGCUUAUUUUUCAUACACGAAUAAUGUCAGACGUGUCUAUUAAAACCUCAUUGUAUAAAUCCUCA